UCGAGGAGGCACCAGUGAUUUCCUGUCGAGGUUAGUCGUUCGCGCGUUAGUGGACUGACUGGUCGGAAAUUAAAUUGGUCGUCUAUUAAAAAUAGUUGCUUUUAAUCUUUCACCCUCGCCGAGUCGAACGGGAGAAUCGUUAAAUGUUUCCUCUGGUCACGGGUGGUCCUACGAUACGCUGUGUCGACUACCACGGUCGUGCCAUUAGGUGGAAUGGGAGCUGUUGAGAAAGUAUAAAAGAGCUGGAGCAACGCUGCAGCGACGGUCGGAUUCCGAGGGGCUCCGUUGAUUUGGGAUCAUUGGUAUUGUUUCUCGACCGAUUGACAAUACGAAUCAUCCGACAAUGACCCUCUCACAGACUAGCGUGUUGAAGCUGUAUAAUACCGUGAUUGAAGAUGUAAUAGCGGGAGUACGAGAAUCAUUCUUGGAUGAAAGUGUAGACGAGCAAGUUUUACAAGAGCUCAAGCAGAUAUGGGAGACGAAGCUCAUGUCCAGCAAGGCGGUGGAAUUAAAUCCAGACCCACCAGAACCACAACCUCCUCAGCUUAACACUCACAAAUCGGUCGCAGCCAGUAAAGCUGCCAACGUAGGUAAUGUUGGAAACCACUUUGUGCAACAAUCGCAACCUGUUCCCCCCAUACAGCAGCCUCAACAGCACCCGCAAUCACAACCCCAACAGCAGCAACAACCCCAGCCGCAGCAGCAACAGCAGCAGCAUGCCCAUUCGGCUGGCAUACCUGUACAGCAACACGCCAAUAUGCCAGUACAACAAGUUGUGGCUGCACCAGCAACAGUUUUAGAACGACAAGUGCCUCUUCAAAUUACAUUACCAAAACAAGCUGGUGUACCAGACGCUGAACAACGUGUUCUAACUAUACAAGUUCCUGCUUCGGCAAUUCAAGGUAAUCAACUGCAUACUAUCUUGACGGGUCCUGUAAUUACUGCAGCAAUGGGAUUACCAGCCAAUUUAGCAUCUACAUUACUACAGCAACAUGUGAAUGCCACGUUUCAAGGUCAGGCAGCUUUGACACCUAUUCAAGUGAAUCAGCCUGUACAAGUUGUCACACAAAGCACAAACAACGUGGUGUCGCAAAGACCAGUACAGAAUCAGCAGGGUAAUAUAGCUCAAUUAGACGGACCUCUUGGUGAUUCAUCGGAUGAUGAUGAAGAAGAAGAGGAAGAAGACAAUGAUGACGAUGAUGAAGAUCUUGAUGAUAAAGAGGAAGAAGAAAAUGAAGAAGCAGCUGCUCGUGAGGAGGAGCCACUCAAUUCGGAAGAUGAUGUUACAGAUGAUGAUCCUACUGACUUAUUCGAUACGGAUAAUGUUGUUGUAUGUCAAUAUGAUAAGAUCACCAGGAGCAGAAACAAAUGGAAAUUUUACCUAAAAGAUGGUAUAAUGAACUUAAAUGGAAAAGAUUAUGUAUUUCAAAAAGCUAACGGAGAUGCCGAAUGGUGAAUUCCUUCACAGUGAAGAGUGCACGCCAUUUAUAACUCUAGGACAUUUCGAGGGCAGCCAAUGUCUACACUCGUACCGGAGACGAGUUUUCGUGAUUGUAAGAAUCAACUGAAUGACCUAUGAACCUGCAAUCACGAAGCAGUGUUGUGAAUAAAAUUAUUAAAUGCAGGUGGCGGAGAUUGGAUUUGUCGAGUAAGCUUUUGGGACACCAGCUAAGAUCACGAGUGCAUUUUACAUUAUAUGUUUAUUUCCUGUAGUUUGCAACAAGGGUUUAUUUCCAAUCAUCGGGCUACGUUUAACACUUUGUUGGUAAAGUUUAAGCGUCGAAAUAUUAUUUAUAUGUGUAGUAGUCCAAAAGUGGUGCGAGUUGCAAAUCGUAGUUUUUGGAUAUUGCUAGAUUAUGGCAUGCUAUCUUGUUUUAAAUGAAGUAUUUUAUAUUUUCCAUUGAAAGUACAUAAAAUCGAGCCGUUCCGACAGACGCAAUCUGUACUAUAUAUCGUUUCUUCUUAAUCUACGGUUCAUAUGAAUCAAUUUAAUUACUUCGUGAAUAAGAGGUCCCAGACUUGUCAUAAAUUUGGAAAAAGUAUUGGUCGAUGACAUCGGCAUAGUCAAACCCAAUAGAUCUAUGUUAUUUAAAGAAUUUGAUAUCAGUUCUGCAUCCUCUAUGAACGUGGAAUAACUGUAAAUAAACAAAGACAAACCGCAUUUCACGGUAUAUGCAAAAAUGCUUAAACAAAUAAACGUAUCUUAUAUUAUUGUCAA